CUGCAGUGUAUUUGGGCGGCGAACCCGAGUCACGUGCGGUACUUCGCUGUGCCACACUCGGCGGAAACGGAAAAGUCGAAAAGAAGAGCCAACAUGGCCGACAGGUUAACGCAGCUUCAGGAUGCUGUCAACUCACUGGCAGAUCAGUUCUGUAAUGCCAUUGGAGUAUUACAGCAAUGUGCACCACCUGCUUCAUUCAGCAACAUCCAGACAGCCAUCAACAAAGACCAACCCUCCAACCCAACAGAAGAAUACGCGCAGCUGUUUGCAGCACUCAUAGCACGAACAGCAAAAGAUGUUGAUGUGUUGAUUGACUCUCUGCCCAGUGAAGAAUCUACUGCUGCACUGCAGGCAGCCAGUCUGAGGCAGCUGGAGGAGGAGAACCAGGAAGCUGCAGCCCGUCUCGAGGAAGUAGUUUACAGAGGAGAUCUUUUACUGGAGAAGAUCCAGUCAGCUCUAGCAGACAUCGCUCAGUCGCAGCUGAGGACACGCAGUGGUGCUCCCUGUCAGGCGACCCCUCCAGAAUCCUGACAUCACCUGGCCCAAACCAAACAUGGACAGUACCACCUGUACACAGCAGGGAUUUUUAUAUGUCUGAUGUGCAAGUAACGGGACACCUUGUAAUAAUUGUACAGUUUUUCCGAGCUGAAGAAAGUUUCUGAUUCUUCAUGGGAAGGGAAAAAGGCCACGCUGUCAUUAUCUUCUGUUUUCCAGCAGGAAUGGACAUUUUGCGCUAUUAUAUUCUGAAGGACUAGUAUGUUGAUUUUUCCCUCACAGUCUCAUUCACUUAGCAUUUUAACACUGUCCUCUAAAAUGUUGAUGUGUGAGAGUACCAGAGUUUGUUCAGAAUUUAUCUCUGUAUCUACUGUGUGUCUACAGUCUUGUUUUUCAUUGCAUGUCUUCAGUGAAUGAGCUGUGACUUUGCUUUCUAAUUCUGACAUUCAGUAUUCAACACCCAUUACUCCUAUCUACUGGUCACUAUCAGGGACUGAGUAGGCCUGUUUUUUUAUAUUAAGUUAUAUAGUUUGUUCUUGCCAGGAUCAUGCAUUGAUUCGGUUUAUUUUAUUUUGGGGAAACAAGAAUCUGUGUUUGACAAAUAAAAUGUUUUUCAUAGCAAAUCAAA